AUGAUAUUUGACGAACUAUUCUUUGUUGUGUCAAAUUCAAGUACAAAUAUAAAUAAAUUAAAAACUUAAUUGUCUAAUUUUUAGGUCGUACAAUUAGUGGUAUUUAUUAAGAAAUAUGUUGAGAAUGUUCUGAUAUUAACAAACAUCUAGAUAGAAAAUACAGUUACUUCUCUAUUGGAAAUGUGAUAGUUGAACUGAAUAUAUGACUAACAAAAGACACUGGAAAUUUAGAUAAACUUGAAACAAUAUGCUGCGUUAUUCUGCAAUACCGAGAGAUAUUACUGAGGACAAAUAUCGAAUAAAUGAAGAGGAAUCGCAUUCCAAUCAGAAUACAAGGACUCCUUUCAAAUAUGGUAAACAAGAUCCCAAAAAAAGGAAAAUAUCUAUUCCUGCUAUACUGGGGAGUCCUGGUCCACCUGAUAGCUCUUCCAAUUAUACUCCAGUAAUAAACAAAACUCAAAGUUUACCAAAUCAUGCUUCUACAUCUCAUAGAACUGUGGCAACAAGCUAUAGUUGCGUCUUUGAUAUAUUACGGGCAUCACCUGAAGACAUUGCAGCACAGUUGACGCUGCUUGAUUUACCUGUGUUCCAAGCUAUUCAACCUGAAGAGUUAUCUAGCUGUUCCUGGCAUAAAAAGAAUAAAUUAAUUAUUGCUCCGAAUGUUGUUGCUUUCACUAGAAGAUUUAAUCAUGUUAGUUUUUGGACUGUACAAGAAAUACUCCAACGGCCUACUCCAAAACAAAGAUCGGAAAUGCUCUCUCUUUACAUUCGUAUCUCAAAGAAAUUAUAUGAUCUGAAUAAUUAUCACUCUUUAUUUGCAAUUAUCUCUGCUAUGCAAAGUGCCCCUGUUUAUAGAUUGUCUAAGACAUGGGCAUGUCUUUCCAAGAAAGAUAAAACAAAUUUUGAUAAACUUGCUGAAGUUUUUUCUGAUGAAAGUAACUGGGCUAAUUUAAGAAGUCAUAUUGAAAGUUUAAAACUGCCUUGCAUCCCAUAUUUAGGUAUAUACUUAACAGAUCUUGUUUAUAUUGAUAUGGCACAUCCUCAUUCUGGUGGAUUGGAGUCACAACCACGAAGUUUGAAGAUGAAUAAUAUACUCAGAAUUAUAAGCAAUUAUCAACAAUCGAAUUAUUCUCAUUUAAUAAAAAUACCUCACAUUCAAGACUAUUUGAAUUCAAUACGAUAUAUUGAAGAACUCCAGAAAUUUGUUGAGGCUGAUCAAUACAAAUUAUCACUGAAGUUGGAACCAAUGUCUCCUAGAAACAGUAAUUCAAGCUCUAAAGAAUCUGUUGGCCAAGAAGCGGCUAAGGCAAUUGCAUCACUUAAUUUAUCACCUGCUAAAGUUGCGAGUGGCUCUUUGAGACUUCAUGGUACAGCAACUAAAUUUAUACCAGGCCAUCGGAAGUGUAGAAGUCUUGGUACUAACAUCUUUAAUCGAGGUGUACAGCUAGAAACUAUAAGACCAAAUAAUGUGCUGAAAACUCAUUUACUCGAUGAUUCUACAUUGGAGGAAUAUACAAAAAAUCACAGUAUACCAUCACCAAGUGGAGGUGUUAAUACACAUGCAUCACAAAGUACUUCUGAUGAUUCUACAUUACUAUCCCGUGUUACUGAUGACAGUUUGAGUUUUGAUGGAAAUUUUAGUAGAAUGCAAGGAUUUGUACAAAGAAAGACUUUGAUGAAGAACGGGAAGAAACUUAAGAUGACAACAUGGCAACGCUACUGGCUGGAAAUAUGGGCCUCCACCUUAGCAUACUUUUCUCCAAAAUCUUUCAAAGGUCUCUCAUUGAAUAUAGGAUGUGCCUCUGCUAAUAUUACGAGCCAACGUCAGAGAUACGAUUUCAAGAGAGAGCCGUGCAAACUUGUGCCUCUUACUGGUUGUAGAAUAGUUCUCAGUACUGACCCUAGUAAAGGAGAUAUUUUUGAAAUAAUAGAUCACCAAAGAAGCAACAUUUAUGAAUUUCGUGUUAGCAGUAAGAGUACAGCAGAAAAAUGGUGUAGAUCUCUUCAACAAGCUGCUUCUGGGGAAGAUAGAGUUCCCUUACCGAACAAUCUCAUGUCUUUCGAAUAAUUUUUGAUUAUAUUUUUGUUUUUAUUUAGGCUAAGCAUUAUUUUUGUGUUCAGAUUGAAUAUAAGCUAUUUCAUGUUA